UGAAACGAAACGUGCUGAAUGUAUACAACCUAAUUGCUUCUCCAUUUGGGCUUUGGUUCCUCACAACUCAGCGGCGCUGUCUCAGGGGGCACUCUGCUUCAUCGUCGUUGUAUCAGGUAGAGCUUCAUCAAAGCAGAAGCUAUGAAGUUGUUCAAUGUAAAUGGAGCCACUCUUUCUCUUGCUCUUUACACUGAUGUGACCAAUUCCAAGGAACUCUUGGAAAGUAUGCAAGCCGGGACGUUGGAGCCAGAAGUUGCAUUCCUCAAUGCUACACUUAUUCCAGAUAUUUUCCCUGUUCUAGCAGCUGCACACAAGACACUAGUAGCCAAAUCACGGGACUCUUUGACCACACGCACUCUUCAUUCGGAGCUUGUUUACAACUACUCAGGGUCCAAGCAUAUUACUGAAUCUUUGAAGAGAUGUGGCAUUUCUGACAGCACAACUUAUAUCCUUGCUGCUCGAUUUGAUGCUACUUCUGAUGAAACACAAGCUAUAGAGAAGCUCAUUAUUGGCAAAGAGAUCGACCUGGAGGAGCUGGAAGGAAGAGCAAACCAAUCCCAAAUACAAAAGCAUUUCAAGAUAUCUGCCUCGGAACUUGGAGUAUCAUCACUUGCAGAUGCAAUAACCUGUCGAAUAGCUGCUCGUGAUGCCUUGUGAGAAGAAUGAAUGUUAUCUGCUUGUACACUACCAGUUUCCAAUGUCAUGAAAAUUUAAAGAACACUUCAACUCCCACCAUUUUUUCUUUAGCUUUCACGUGUUACAAUUUUAUUUUAUUUUUUAAUUUCAAUCUUACUGCAUUAAUAUUUCUUAUGGAAAAUCAGAAAGUUAGGUGAUGAUUUAUAUA